CUAUAAUUCAUCACAAAAGAAAUUCACAAUAUGGCAUUCAUCUUGCCCAUUCCACCCAUGCAAGAUCUUAAGAUCACAUUUCAAGAAUCCAUCCUUGUUUCUCCAUCAAAACAAACUGAUGAUGAUGAUCCGAACAAAUCCAUCUUCCUGUCUAACAUAGACCAAAUCCUCAACUACAAUAUUCCCACUGUCCAUUUCUUCAAAGCCAACCCUGAUUUUCCUCCCCAAAUUGUGCCCAAAAGGCUCAAAAUGGCACUACAAAGAGUUCUGCAGGUGCACUAUCAUUUCAUGGCUGGAAGAUUCAAACUGAACCAGCAAUUGGGCCGCCUUGAGAUCGACUGUAACUCCGCAGGAGCUGGUUUUGUGGUGGCUUCUUCGGAUUAUUCACUUGAUGACUUGGGUGACUUUGUUUAUCCCAACCUCGGAUUCCGGCAGCUUGCGGUCCAAACCUUGGAUAAUUUGGGACCAGAGGUUGAGCAGCCACUAUGUGUUUUUCAGGUAACAUCAUUCAAGUGUGGGGGUUUCUGCAUCGGCAUGUCGACAAAUCAUGUAUUGUUGGACGGCGCAAGCGCCCAAAUCUUCAUUGAAAAUCUAGCCACCCAAGCCUUCGACGACAAGCCCUUGGCGGUCAUCCCAUGCAACAACCGCCACCUCCUAGCCGCCAGAUCUCCGCCCCAUGUGGAGUUCCCGCACCCCGAGUUUUUCAAACCCGAUCUCCCUGAAGUUGUGGGGCCACCAGUGUUCGACUGCAAAAGGGAGGAAUUGGAUUAUACAACUUUCAGCCUAACUUCGAAAGCUAUCAAUUAUUUAAAGGGCAAAGCAAAGGAGAAUAUUAGUUAUAGCACCACCAAGAUCACCAGCUUUAACGUGGUGGCAGCGCUCAUAUGGCGGUGCAAAGCUUUGUCAAAUGAUGCUGAAUACAAUAAAGAUAGAGUUUCCACUCUGCUUAAUGUUGUGGACUUAAGGUCAAGGCUGAAUCCACCAUUGCCAGAUUCAUACAGCGGCAACGCAGUACUAGUUGCAUAUUCGUCGGCAACAUGCGAAGAUAUUGAAAAAUGGCCAUUUUCGAAGCUGGUGGAGAUGGUGUCAGAAGCGCCAAAAAGGGUGAGUGAUGAGUAUUCAAAAUCUGUGAUAGACUGGUUGGAGAUAAACAAAGGGCUGCCUUGUGGGGAGUACAUGGUGAGCUCAUGGCUGAGAUUGAGGUUUGGUGAGGUGGUGUAUCCAUGGGGCAAGCCUGUGUACAGUGGGCCAGUGGUGAGCCACAGGAAAGAUAUUUGCUGGAUCUUUCCCGGUGUUGAUGGAGUUAACGCCUUGGUUUCUCUGCCAGCUAAGGAGAUGGAAAGAUUUGUGGCACUAUUUCGCGAGUUCUUCCCACAAUCCAUCAUUAAUUAGCUUAAUCUAUGAGAACUCUGUGUGUGUGUGUGUGUUUGUAGUAUGGUAUGGUUGAGAAUAAUAAUGAUUGUGGCAAUGCUUUCUCAUGUGUAGCAAUUUCAUGCAUGUGCCUCGUGUUGUAAUUUGUUGCUCCAGGAUUCCACGCUGGCGGCGGCCUGCUCUUCAAUUCCUAUGCAUGUGUUUUUCCAAUUUCAUGAAAAACUGUCAAUUUUUCACUA